AUGUCGCCGCAGCACCUCCGCAUCGUUGCCUCUCAUAAAAUCAAUUCGUCUAAUCUGGGUAGUUCAAGUGCAAGCGCAAGACCAAGACCUAUUGAAUUAGAUGAGACAUUGGCUAACCUUCAGGGAGAUCUUGGGCUAAGAACUCAAAUGACGGAUUAUAUCUUCAAAAAGCAUAUCUUCAAAAAAGACCUUGUCAACCUAGAGUAUAGUAUAGCUAAAAAUGCUGAAUUUUGGCUUCAUUGCUAUCUCGUUAAAACUAGUUUUGAUCAAGUGAGUGGUGACAUCUUCACCGAGCAUGACCUUCCUUUUUGUGGUCAUGAUGAAAAUAUCACUUCAAGGAUCCAACAUGUUACGGACACCACCUCAAGUGCACUAAAGAAAUCCAUUGAUGAAUUUUUUUUCUUUCGAGGAUUGAGCAUUUCCAAGCUACGAGGACUAGAUUAUGAUGGAGCUAGUAAUAUGGAAGGUGAGUUCAAUGGCCUUAAAACAAAUAUUUUGAGAGAACAACCUUGUGCAUUUUAUGUUCAUUGCUUUGCUCACCAACUUCAACUAGCUCUUGUUGAUGUGACAAAGAAAAAUAUUGAUGUUGCUUCUUUUUUCACAACGGCUAAUACCUUGGUUAAUGUUGUUAGAGCAUCUUGUAAGCACCAUGAUGCACUUAGAACACAAUACCAAGAAGAUCUUGUUCAUGCUUUUAAUGAAGGUUGUCUUAUAACGAGGUGA